UCCCAAAAAAUCAAAACAGGUCUCUUGUGUGUUAACUGCAGACAACUACUUAUACCCUUUCUUUUCUGCUACAAUCUUCAGCAAUAAAGAUGACUUCAAAAGGGAUUGAGAUAGGUGUAUUUAUGGUUCUUGUGUUGAUGCUUUUUAAUGGAGUUACUGCUCAAUCAGGCUGCACCAGGGUCCUUAUGGGCUUAUCUCCAUGCCUUAACUAUGUUAGUGGCAAUUCCUCAACCCCUUCGUCUUCUUGCUGCUCGCAGCUCGCUAACGUUGUUCAAUCUCAGCCACAAUGUCUUUGUGCAUUGCUUAAUGGUGGUGGCUCAUCAGUAGGAAUUAGUAUUAACCAAACCCUUGCUUUAUCGCUCCCUGGAGCUUGCAAUGUGCAAACUCCCCCCGCUAGCCGGUGCAAUGACAAUGGUCCAGCAGCCUCACCAUUAAGUCCUCCAGCAGAUUCUUCAGAUGAUACACCAUCUACUCCAAAUACAUCAUCAAUGCCUACUAUUCCUGCAGGAGGUGGGUCCAAGAGAGUCCCAGCAGCAGGCACUUCAGAUGCAACCAUCACAAGAAUGCAACUUCAUCUCUCUUUAUUCAUGAUUCUGAGUGCUUCACUUGCGGCAAAUGCCAUGAGAUUUUGAAAUUUCGUGGCUGAAUGAAUCCCUCCAUUUCAUGUUCUUCCAUCUCAUCUGCUCUAAAUUCUGAGUGUUGAUCUUCCAGAGUGAUAUUUUAGCCCGUUCUAGUAUAUUGAUUAUGAUUUUACAAUUUUCAUUUAGCGUCUUAAAAGAUGAUUCUUGCUUAUACUAGCAAGACUGUGAUUGUAUUACUAUUAUUUGUUUGGUUUGCUUAAUGAAAAAUAAGAUGAUUUUUGUCCUCUUGUAAAAA